GAACGACGCCCAGAAAUGCUGUCCAGAUAGGCAGCGCUCUCGUUUAAGACACCCACCAUACUGACCAGUGACAGGCGUGCUCGGUGCAUGCGUGCUGCUGGAGUCAGCCAGUGACGUUCUUGUCCCAGAAUGCUGCCUGGUAAACAGACAUGGAAGCACCUGGUGAAGACCUCCACAGUCACUGAGCACCUCACUCGCUCUUUGAACUGAUCUUCAUUUUCAAUACACCCUAAAGCCUGCGCCUUUGUUCUCUCUGGAGCUCAACCAGGACCUCUGAAGUCCAGGGCAUUGAUUCCCUCCCCAGCUUGUGUGGCAGUCUGGAAUCACCAUAACUGAUGAGGAUCUACUGACUUGACCAGUUUUGGUUACAUUUUUUUACUUUUGACAAGCGGAAAGAAUGUCGGAAAGGGCCGAUGAUGACGUCAGGGGGGAGCAGCAGCAGCAGCAGCAGCGCAGAGCGGCCAGACAGCUGAAGCAGCGGGGAGAAGCCUCCACAGCAAUGGCGACUGUUGCGGAGCGCAGAUCCCUGCCUAGUCCUGAAAUAAUGCUGGGACAGCCUUGGAGCAGCUGGGUCGAUGCUGUGAAACUCUACGGGAGCGACGGUACAGAAUUGGAAGAAAGUUUGAAAGAGUGCGGGAAAAAUCGCGAAGCCAUGAGACUCUGCAGAGACGACAUGCCCAUCUUUGGCCAAUGUCCUGCCCAGGAUGACUUCUACCUGGUCAUGUGCAGCCACUGCAGUCAGGUAGUCAAACCCCAGGCCUUCCAAGCACACUACGAGAGAAGACACAGCUCCAGCAGCAAGCCCCCAUCCAGCUAUGCCGCCUCUGCUGCAUUCGCAAACUCUCGAAAUAAGAGCAGCCUUGGGGGUGGAGUUGGGGUCGGGGCUGUUGGUGGAAGCACACUUGCACGCCCCUCCAGUGCAAACAGCAGCACCCCCACUAAAAUCUUCAAAUCAACCAAAGAGAAGCUGCCUCACUGGAAGCCUCGCUUCCCCUAUAGGGUGCCGCAAGAAGAGAGUCCCAUCCCUGCAGUUAAAGGAGAGAAGGUCCAUCUGAAGGUGGAACCUUCACCCAAACUUCCCCAUGUGCCCGCCUCUUCUUCCACUUCCUCCUCCUCUUCCUCCAAUACUGUGAGCACCUCUCCCUUGAAGUCAGGCCUUAACUUCCCCUCCAUACCAAAGGCUCCACAGCUAGCCCCAGGUCAGAUCCCCAAUGGAAAGGGCCACCUCUCAUCCCAAGACAAGAAACAAGAUAGCAGCAGUGCCAGUAGCAGGAGACCCUUGUACAAGAGACUAGAGCGAGAGUUUAAUCCAGACAUCCAUUGUGGGGUUAUGGAUAUGACAGCACGUAAGCCAUGCACAAGAUCCUUAACAUGCAAGACACAUUCCAUAAGCCAGAGGAGGGCGGUGCUCGGGCGGCGGCAACGCUUUGACACGCUGCUUGCUGAACACAAGAGCAAAGCACGCGACAAGGAGCUGCAGUUCAGGUUGGAUCCCUCACACCCAGCACCCCCUCUCAGGGACCCUCACCCUCCCCCCUCCCGCCUCUCACAAGACCUUCACACGGUCUCCCAUGGCAAUGGCACUGCCGAUGCCACCAAGCCUUUGCCCCUCAGCAAACCCAAACCUCAUAAUUCUGGGCUUCCACGACUCCACAGCAGUAACUCUCACAGUGGAGGAGACCCAGCCAUGGCACACGACCAGACCCACCACUCUCACUCAGCCCCUGUCGGUACCGAGACCAGCCACCUCUCCAGUGACGAAGGGGAGAAUGAGGAGAGAGAGGAGGCCACGGAGAAACUGGACUGCCAUUAUUCAGGUUACCACCCACGACCAGCUGCUUACUGCACUUUUGGAAGUCGAUUGUACGGUAGAGGUUGUUACGCGUUCGACCGGCGCUGGGAUCAAGUACGUUGUACUCUCACCACCAUGUUGGACAAACAUGUCAACUCACAAAUGUGGAAGAAAAUCCCUCUGGCGUCGGAGAACUCUGCAACAACACUGACAGCCUCUCACCGGACAAGCACAAACUCCCAUUCUUCCUCAUCCUGCUCCAUUUCUGCAGGGUUUCUCAGCCUGUCCUCACCACCGCCUUAUGACAGCAAGCCGGUCCUGUCAUAUGGCACCACCCUGAAUGCCCGCUCUUCUCCGCAAGCCUCCGCCACCGAGCAGCCCGCCUACAGUGGCGCUUCUAGACAAGUGUCAGCCUCAUCACCCCAGAUGCCUUCAGCCCACUCGUCCUCGCUACCCUCGUUGGGCUCCAACCGACCCCUCAAAUCCCGAUCUGGUACAAAGUCCUUCAAGGCUCGGGAGCCAUCCUUCAGCCUAAGUAACUCUAUCGUCACGGGCAGUACUAACAGCAGUGUUAGCGUCAGCGGUUGUGCGAGCGGUAGCCUGAGUUCGGGCAAGAAGCGGAAAAACAGUUCCCUGUUUACCACCCAUAGCACUUACACCUCCUCCUCCUCCUCCUCAUCUUUUAAGAAGAACUGCGGGAUGAACUCCUCCAGUCUUGGCAGCGCCUACCACACCUCGCUCGCCUCCACCCCUUCUUCAUCUUCAUCGUCAACAACGCUGUCGUCAUCCCACAGCGGAGUGUACAGUGUGGGGGUAAACUGCACCCCAGGCAGGGCCAACUCUUUGAGCUUGAAGCAGGAGUCGACAGGACGUGGCCCUCCCUCAGGCAGCCCGGCCGAGUCCAUUAAACGCAUGAGCGUGGUGAUGAACAGCAGUGAUUCCACCCUCUCCCUCGGGCCAUUUGUUCACCAGAGCAGCGAUCAUCACGCAGAUGCACGUCUGGAAGCCAAAAGGAGGAAGUGCUCACCUGGCUCAAGUAGCCUCAACAGCACAGCGUCUGGAGCAGGAGGGGGAGGAGGACAAGGUCCUGGCAGGCCCAAAAUAUCCAAGUCUCCAUCAAUCAACAACAUCCACAGCAAGCAUGCUCGCUCUAUACCUGGACCACCAGGGCUCCCUAACAAUUCACUCAUACAUCAGCCAAAGGCUCGUCCCUGACACAGGUGUGGAGGCUCUGAGCAUGCUGAGCAGUAGGCUGGACCCAGAGCUCCCUCAGCCCCCUCAUGCCACUCUGCACAAGGCCUUCUUUUUCUCUUACUCUUCCCACAAUCCUCAGGGUGGAAUGCAUACUGGGUGGCCCAUUGAUGUCCUUCGUGGGGAUUUCCUCCCAAAGCCAUGCAGGGACACUCUCUGGGGAUAGGAUAAUAAGCCAGAGAGAUAUAGUUCUCCUGUCGGAAGUUAUAAUGAAUCUAUACAAUGCACCAUUGGGUACAAAGCCUGCUGCGUAGAUCAUGAGCUGCCCAGCCUGAGCACUUGCGCUGGGGCCGGAAGGUACAGAUUUUGGCUGGUGCGUAGCCUCACCAACACUACCAAGCAUAGGAGGGAUGUGAGAUUCGAACAAGAUAAGUUGCUUUACCGAUGUUCUUCGGUAUGUUAGCUUGAGCGUGUGGACAUACGAGAAUACUGGAAACCGAAAUCCUACUCAGCCUUGGAGGAAGUGUACAGGAGAGGAACAUCCCUAAAGUAGACACAAUCAACUUAAGUUAACCAUACACAUGAUCUCUCGCUGGAAGGCUGUAUUAGAUUAAACUACACUCACUGCAGAUAGACAUGACUGGAGUGGAGUUUCAACAUGAGCAACCUAAACUUAAAGAUUAUGCAAACUAAACAUUUUUUAGACCACAUUUUGUUUACAGGUUAGCAAACAGAACAAAAUAUUUAUCAUAUACCAUUUUCCUUUACCAUUUACCAACUUCAAAACUUUAGUUAUUUAUUUAGUUAAUUCCGGCUGUUUUAUUGCAAUUUCUUUUUUACUGAAAAAUCCAACCCCAAAUCAAGCUCGAACACCUUGCGUUAGUUUCACCUCUUACAAUUACCCAUAAAAAAGCAUGUGCUGAAAUCUUAAUGCACUAAAAUCUGCAGUCUCGUUCGAAAAUGAUUGUAGGAGAGUUUACUGGUGAAGAUGCCUUAGGCGUGGUAUCGUUAUGUGCCGUUUCAGUCUCAGAAAGGGGCUCGUGGCUAGCUGAUGUUGAGCCAUAGACCAACAUUACAGACACACUAUCAUCUCAGCAAUGGAGUAGACAUCUACACGACACUCAAUACUGUGAGACACAUAUACAGAAGUCUGGCCAGCGCCAUCUCAUCAAGUGAGACCUUAUACCGCGACUCAACGUUUCUGCAUGGAUCCGACAAAAGCUUUUGUUCUUUGUGACCCUAAAGAG